AUGUCAAAGACACAAGAGAGGUGUAGCGACGUGUUGGCCACGCCUCUCCCGUACAGUGCAUUCAGCAGUUCCUCUGUGCUUGCCACUGAGUUUGGGGCUGGAUACGCAAAGCUGAAUAAGAGAGGAGGUGGUGGAGGCUGGUCGCCUUUGGACUCUGACAGGUACCAGUGGCUUCAGGUGGACCUCAGAGCCAGAAAGCAGAUCACUGCCAUAGCAACACAGGGCAAAUACAGCAGCUCCGAUUGGACAAAACAGUACAGGCUCCUUUACAGUGACACUGGAAAUAACUGGAGACCAUAUCGCCAGGAUGGCAACAUAUGGACGUUUUCCGGAAACUGGAAUUCUGAUAAGACCGUGCGACACGACCUGCAGCAUGUCAUAGUUGCACGAUACUUGCGCUUCGUCCCUCUGGAGUGGAGUGAGGAGGGACGAAUCGGACUCAGGGUGGAAGUCUACGGUUGCUCGUACUGGGCGGACGUAAUCAAUUUUGAUGGCCAGAGUGUGGUCUCUUACCGCUUCAAACAAAAGAAGGUUAAGAUCCUGAAGGACGUCAUCUCGCUGAAGUUUAAGACCACCAAAGGAGAUGGGGUGCUAUUACAUGGAGAGGGUCAGCAGGGAGACUACAUUACCAUGGAGCUCCGGAGGGCAAGGCUACUGCUGCAGAUUAACCUGGGGAGCAAUCAGUACGGUUCCAUUCUUGGUCACACCUCUGUGUCGAGUGGAAGCCUAUUGGACGAUGACCACUGGCACUCUGUGAUUAUAGAGCGCUAUAGACGAAAUGUGAAUUUUACACUGGACCAGCACACACAGAGCUUCCGUACAAAUGGAGAAUUUGAUCACCUUGACCUGGACCAAGAGAUCAGCUUUGGUGGGAUGCCAGUGUCUGCCAAGCCCAGCUCAGGAGGUGGAGAGAACUUCAUUGGUUGUAUGGAAGGAAUCCACUACAACGGAGACAACAUCACCAGCCUUGCCAGAAGGAAGAAAGUGGACACGUCAAGUUUUCGGAAUUUGACGUACUCCUGUGCGGAGUCCCAGAGGUUUCCAGUGUUCUUCAACUCCACGAGCUCGCUGAAGCUGCCAGGACGGAGCGACGCGGACACCGUGUCAGUCAGCCUGCAGUUCCGCACGUGGAACCCCAGUGGUCUGCUCUUCUUCACUCCUCUGAUACCAGGAGGAGUGGAGGUGAGCCUGACCGAGGGCAGGGUGACGGUGCACAUCUAUACCACCCAGGAGAGGAACAUACGAGUCGAUAUCUCCUCAGGAUCUGGACUGAAUGAUGGCCAGUGGCACAGUGUUCACUUCCUGGCUUUAGAAAGCUUUGCUAUGUUGACCAUCAAUGGAGAUGAGACCUCCUCAGUCAGAACCACACUUCCCAUUCUGAUCAGGACAGGAGGGUUCUACUAUUUUGGAGGCUACUUCCCACGGACAAACCUGUCUCCCUCGCAGCGUUCGUUCCAGGGCUGCAUGCAGCUCAUACACAUUGAUGAGCAGUUGGUAGACCUGCAUGCCGUGGAAGAAGGCUCGCUCGGAAGCUUUGAGAACGUCAGUCUGGACAUGUGUGCUAUCAUUGACAGGUGUGUUCCAAAUCAUUGUGAACACGGAGGCAGGUGUACACAAACUGGGGAUGCGUUUAGCUGUGCUUGUGAUGGAACUGGUUACACAGGAGCUACAUGUCACACCUCUGUGUAUGAGCAGUCAUGUGAGGAAUACAAACACCUGGGCAAGACGUCGGACACGUAUUGGAUCGACCCAGACGGCAGCGGACCUCUUGAGCCUUUUAAAGUCAACUGCGACAUGACGGAGGACAAGGUGUGGACCACAGUGGCAAACGACCUGCCCGCUGAAACCGUAGUGACCUUACCCUCCAAACAGGAGCAACAGGCCAUACUGAGGCUGAACUACAGCAUGUCAACGGAACAGAUGAAUGCUGUCACCAGCAGUGCAGAGCACUGUGAGCAGCAUGUGGCUUAUGCCUGCCGAAUGUCUCGCCUGCUCAAUUCUCCAGAUGGUCCUCCUUACACCUGGUGGGCUGGAAGGGGAAAUGAGAGACAUUUUUACUGGGGCGGCUCUGGGCCAGGUGUCCAGAAAUGUGCCUGUGGAAUUGAACGCAACUGCACAGACCCUAAGUACUACUGCAACUGUGACGCUGACCAGAGACAGUGGAGAGAGGAUGCUGGUGUUCUCAUGUAUAAGGACCAUUUGCCUGUUAGCCACGUCUUUGUCGGGGAUUUAAACAGAUCUGGAUCGGAGGCAAAGCUUACAGUUGGCCCUUUACGCUGUCAAGGCGAUCGUAACUACUGGAAUGCAGCCUCGUUCAGCAACCCUGCCUCCUACCUCCAUUUUCCCACCUUCCAAGGCGAGAGCAGUGCAGACAUUUCCUUCUAUUUUAAGACCUCCUCCACUUAUGGCAUCUUCCUGGAGAACCUGGGCAAUGCCGACUUCAUUCGGUUGGAGCUGAAAUCCCCCACGGUUGUGGCUUUCUCCUUCGACGUUGGAAACGGACCAGUAGAGCUGAUGGUUCACUCACCCACACCACUCAAUGAUGACCAGUGGCACAGGGUGGAGGCUGAGCGUAACGUGAAAGAGGCAGUUCUGCGAUUGGAUAAACAGUACAAGGAAGUGCAUCCAGCCCCACCCCAAGGCCACACCCGUCUACAGCUUUACAGUCAGCUCUUCGUAGGUGCAUCUGGGGGGCAGAGGGGAUUUCUGGGAUGCAUCCGGUCCCUGAGGAUGAACGGAGUUACACUUGACUUGGAGGAGAGGGCUAAAGUCACACCCGGAGUGAAGCCGGGCUGCUCUGGUCACUGCGCCAGCUACGGCCCACACUGCCAAAACGGAGGGAAAUGUGUGGAGAAGUACAACGGCUUCUCGUGUGACUGCAGCCAGACGGCUUUCGAUGGACCCUUCUGCACCGACGAUGUUGGGGGCUACUUUGAGAGUGGGACAGUGGUGCGUUAUGACCUCAUGUCUGACAGAGAUGGGCAGGGGGUAAAGGCUGUGUAUGGAGUCCUGAACACAGAGGCCAACCUGACCCAGGAGGAGCUGAGUUUCAGUUUCAGUACCUCCCACGCCCCAUGCGUGCUCAUCUACAUCAGCUCCAGGACACAGGACUACCUGGCCGUGGUCCUGCGUCACAAUGGUACUCUGCAGAUUCGCUACAGCCUAGGAGGACUAAAGGAACCCUUCACGAUCAGCCUGGACCAUCGCAACAUGGCCAAUGGACAGCCACACAGUGUCAACAUCUCCAGACAGGAGAGGACAGUCCUUCUACAGUUAGAUCAUUACCCAUCAGUCACUUACAUGCUUCCAGAGGCAUCUGAUACGCAGUUCAACCUUGUCAAGACCAUUUUCCUUGGAAAAGUUUUUGAGACAGGUCAGAUUGAUCCUGUCCUAAUAGAGAGGUACAACACACCAGGUUUUGUGGGCUGCCUCUCUAGAGUUCAGUUCAACAGGAUUGCCCCACUAAAGGCUGCGCUCAGGACGGGCAUACCAUCACCUGCAUCCAUCCAAGGGGUUCUAGUGGAGUCUAACUGUGGAGCCUCUCCCUUGACUAUCCCACCCAUGUCUGCUGCAUUUGACCCCUGGCACCCAGACUCAGGUGGUGCCCAGUUCCCUUUUAAUGAGGAGCGGGUACGUCGAGACGGAGUCAAUCGAGACUCUGCAAUAAUUGGAGGCAUCAUUGCCGUGGUGAUCUUCACGAUCCUCUGCACUCUGGUGUUCCUGGUCCGCCACAUGUUCCGUCACAAGGGUUCAUAUCACACCAAUGAGGCCAAAGGGGCAGAAUCUGCCGACUGUGCUGAUGCUGCCAUCAUUGUGAAUGACCCGGCCUUCACAGAGACCAUCGACGAGAGCAAGAAGGAGUGGUUUAUCUAA